AUGAUCGGCUAGAAACCCGACUUUGUUGCAGUUCGUGGAACUUAUGUAACAAAGUCUUCGAGCUUUUGAUUAAUAUGACAUUUCUUCUUCUUUCUUUUUUUCGCUUUCUCUUUUCUUUCGUUUCACCGAAGCGCGUUUUCCAAGAGUGCUGGCGACGCCAGCCGCGCUGUCAAGCUCGUUAGUUCCAGCUGUUCGUUCAAAAUAUCUUCGCCGCCGGCUUCCGCUCGUGGGUUGUACGUGGCUUCGCCAAAAACCUCCCGGUCUUCCAUUUCCGGUGUGAACAGGCUGAUGCGACGACUGUCCGAAAUCUUCGCUGAUGCGUGCAAAUGCCGCCGCUAUACAGGAUAAGUAAAAAGAAGAAAACAAAAACAUACGUCGUAGCAGAGCUGCUCGGCAUGUUCGGCUUGGAAACUCCGCACGACGAGUCGGCGGCGCCACAUGUCAAGUCAGCUGUGCCGCGACAACCUGACGGGAAUCCAUGUCUUCCUGGGCCGCCAGGCGAGUGAGGAGGUUGCUGACGCCAUCGCCGUCUGUUGCAUCGCUCAGCGUCGCGGUCGGAACUGAAACCCAGACUGACCAUGUGGACCACGUAGAGCACACCGAAUGCAGGCGAUGUCGACGGCGAUUCAAGCAGAGGCGGCUCUUCCGACUCAGGGAGAGUCCCGCCGAUUCCCAAGUCAAGUCCUUCGAAGAAGAGCAGAUGGGCGCCAAGGCUUCGACGUCGAGCCGGCUGGCCUAUGCCUUCUUCUCGAUCAUCAGGGAGAUCCUGCAGUACCCGUGGGGUGCCGACGCCCUCUUCAUGGUAGCGCUCGUGCUGCUCGCCUCGCUCCUCGUCAUCUUGUACUACAUCGUCGCCGUUGUGCUGCCCAUCCUCGUGCUGGCCGUCAUGCUGGCCAUCCUGAACUCCGUGCUUCUGGAGAGCAGCUACUGCGGACGCUUGCUCCGCCACCUCAAGCUUGCCUAGUGAAAUUGUGAAAUUGAUUCUGGUGUGCGGCGGCAUGGUCGUAGCCUCGUAUUACUAAAUCGUUCGUAGCCUCGUAUUACUAAAUCACAAGCCAAACGGAUUUUUUUUAAAUCUGACCUGGGCAGGAAACGGGUAAUGAAACUGAGUAUGCGCUGGGGAACCAGAGCAUUUCAGAACCACGAGAUCGGUUGUUUAGUUCCUCGUUGAAGACGAGUUUCUCUUCGACAUGAAUGUCAUUAUUGUUGCACGCUUCUGCAUCAUUUUGUAGCCAUACGUGAUAUGUAAUAUGAAACUCUGAAUAUGCACACACCGCACUGCUUUCGCAACUUAUAAGGGGAAACACAAAAGGUGCGAAGUAGUAAGUACUUAUAGUUCUGGACAUUCGCCGCCGCAUUUACGCUGGCGCUGCCUUCCUUACCUGCUCCCCCUGGUCAGCAGAUCGCUAAUUCGUGAGGCUUGGGUGAUUCAACAGACUAUAACAUUGUUAAAGACGUCUGAUAGUAAGUGUUGGGAGGUGUGACACCACUCGAAACGAGCUAGGGGCUCUUACGUCAUGAAGCGCGUUGCGUGGUACGCUCGCUAUUCGCCGUGUUGUGUCAAUUAACCUAUCCCGGACCAAAGUGUCUUGAUUCGAAGACUCAUAACAUUCAUUUGCUCGGUUGGUUCACCUCGUAUAAGGCAUCGGCCCUUGCACUUUUAAUUCAUUUUUCUGGAAUUUAAUUUUGUUUGAACAGGCAGGGCCGCGACAACACUACAUCUGUGUUCCAAGGAAAAAAAAAUCUUAUUUUUAAAUCAAAGGGCUAAAGUAAACGCGAGGGUAAGCGUUCGGUAUACCGUGCAUGCCUUCCCCUGUGUCUUGUGUGUACAUCCCUUCUGGGAUUAAGCACAUCCGUAGUGCAGUGAUAGACAAUGCGUUUGAACAAGAAUUGGUCUUUUAAGAAGCCUUGAAAUACGAGGCUGCAUUUGUAUUUGCGUCAAUUUGCUACUUUUUUGUAUUUUGCUGUACAUCUUUGCUUUGUUCUGGGUGCAUAAUGUUUGUGUGGGUGCGUGUGUGUGUGUGUAAGACCUAGGUUGUGAACGUAGAACUUUGCAUACUCGAUGUAGUGUGAAUGAUUUUAUUUAACUGAACAAGGUUGUGUACAAUUUUCACGUGUAUGUACAGGGUAGUUCUGUUGACAGACAUGUGCUGUUAUCUUGUAGUUGCGUACGGCUGCGCGCAGUUAAGCUAUCGAAAGUGUUCAUUAGUUUAGUUAAAAAGUAAGCCUAGCAUCUUGUAUUGCUAUUUGUCUAAAUGAGUAGCGAUUUUUAAAAUAUGCAUGUUGCUACAGUGGUAGCCAGAAUAGUAACUUGCAGCUUGUGGUGCCGUCUUUGCAGAGAUGUCUGAAGUAAACGCACUUUGACUUUU